AUGAAUAGAAACGAAGAGAUUUUAAGUAAGGCUACGCCUAACUUUAUAUAUAAAUUUUUUACCGAACCAAAUUCAGAAGAAGCGUUAAGUUGGUUGAACACUGAAAUAAAGUUGAUUUGUUUUAGUCAAAUGAAUGCAGGGGCGAGUCAAGUUUUUUUAAAAGUUAUUGAUGGAACAAUACCACCUGAGUAUUAUGCUAUUGUACAUUUAGGCAUAGAGGACAAUAACAACUUUAGUUCUACUAUAUCGUUCGUAAAAAAAAUAAUUAAAAUUGAAAAUUUUUCUAUUACGAAUUAUUAUGGAAAACUUUUCAUUCUAGCGAAAAAGGUUAGUAUCUUUUUAAAUAUAGAAAAUUUUGAUAUUGAAGAUUUAUUUAGAAAAUAUCACUUACAAAGUAUAUCUUAUUAUCUGUUAAAUUCACAACAGGAUAAUAGUCCAAGGGAAAAUUCCACUCGUGGGGAUAACGAAUAUAAUUAUGACAACAAAUACAGAGGUGGUAAUAGUAAUAUUAGUAGUAAUAAUAAUAAUAGUAAUAACAGUAAUAACAGUAAUAACAGUAAUAACAUUAAUAACAUUAAUAACAUUAAUAACCAUAGUAGUAGUAGUAUUAAUAGCAGUAAUAAUAAUAAUAACCAUAGAGUUACUAACGAAUUUUAUUGUGAAAAUAAACCCAGAGAUAGUGAAUAUACACGCGCUACGAUCGAUUACAAUAAUAAUAGACUUAAUAUUAAAAAUUUUUAUGAAUCAAAUGAAUAUUAUGAAAAUAAUAUGCGGGGUAACAAGGAAAAGUACCAUCAUGUACCCAACGAAAAUUUUGUGAAAGAACCGAGUGGUCCGAAUGAUAAUUCGGGUUAUAGGGACAAUUUAGCAAAUAGAGAAAAUAUCACCCAUAGGGAAAAUUUAUCGUAUGGGGAAAAUCAAAUCCAUGGUUUGAAUCCCAGUUAUCGUGAAAGUUUGAAAAGCCCAAAUAACAGCAGAGUUGGGGAUAGCAAUAUAAAUAAUAGAAAUUAUGAAGAAGGUCAUAUGGUGGAUUUACAGAAUAGAGGAAAGUUUUCAUAUAAUAAUGAAAGAACUAAUUGUGCAAGUUAUAACAAUUACACGAAUUACACAAAUUGCACUAAUUACCCAUCCAAUGUAAGGGAUUAUAAGAGUAAUAAUGAGGGGAGAAGCUCACCUCAACCAAAGCACAGUGAAUAUAGAGAGAAUGGAGGUUAUAACAAAAGGAAUAACACAAUUAAUUAUGACAGAAACAAAUAUUUAUCCGAGAAUGAAUCUUACAAUAGUAACAGUAAAAGUAAUAAUAAUAGCAACAGUAAUAUUAUUAACAGUAAGAGCAAAACACACAUUAUAAGCAGAGACGUUGUUAUGAGCAGUGGGAGGAACAACAACUACGACGAAAAUAUUCAUAGGAACGGUGGUGCAUACAGAGGGGAAUAUAAUUUCGAGGUUGGAGUAAGUAACAGUAUUAAUAAAAAUUAUAGUGAUAAUAACAGUGAUCCUCGUAAUGAUAAUAUUAAUGAUUAUAAUAAUGAUAAUAAUAAUGAUAAUAAUAAUAAUGAUAAUAAUAAUAAUAAUAAUAAUAAUGACUAUGCAAAAAAUGGAAUCAAGGGUUUAAAUUCUUCCCCACACGAGGGAAAAUUGCUUGAAGGAGAGAAGGAAUCAUAUAUUAUGAGCAACAUGUAUGGGAUUAGAAGACACACCGAUGAAAGAAGUCAUAACUGCAGAAGCUACAACGGAAGUAACCUCAACAACAGAAACUAUCUUGAUGAUGGAAACUAUAACAUUAGUAGUGGAAGUAUUCACGGUAUUGAUAUCCCGAGCGGUGGUGCAAGAAACAUCCUAAGUGGUAUUGAUCAUACCCGAGAUAGGGAGCAGGAAAAGAUCAAAAAUGUGGGUAGCUAUAGACAAGGAAAAGAAGACAUCUACUAUAAUAGGAAGAAAAAUGAUCAUGGUGAAAAUAGCAUUCAUGCUGAUGAAGAAGGGAAAAUGUAUAUAGGGAGGAACGCUGAAAGUUACAACAGUAGUGCGAAACUAAGUAAAAAUGAGGAAGGUAUAAAUGAAGGGUAUUGUCGUCGCUCUGCGGAAUACGAUAGUAGUGGUAACAAUAUUAGUAAUAAUUAUGGUAACAGUUAUGGCAAUAAUAAUGGCAAUAAUAAUGGCAAUAAUAAUUAUGGUAAUAAUAAAAUUAGUAGUAAAGAAGAGAAUCUGUUUUCCAGCUACAAUCAAACAGAUGAGGGAAGGAAACACAUGAGAAGCGAAAGCGUUGGGAGCUUGCAAGAAACAAAGGAAACGCUAAACAAUGAUAUAGAUGAGUUAUCAUCAGACAGAAGAAAUGAAAUAAAAAUGUUAAAAGAGAAUACAUUAAGUAGGAAAAUUAGGAAAAACAAUCCUUAUCAGAGUAACCCUUCUCAGAGUAACACAUAUCAGAGUAAUAAUGCCGUGAUAAAAACAAAUGAUGGAAUAUUAAUGCAAAUAAAUAAGCUAUCUCAAUACUCUUCAAAAUGGAUUAUCAAAGCUAGGGUUCAGUCCAAAGAUAAUAUUAGAAAAUUUUACUCAGGUAAUAAAGAAGGAAAAGUAUUUAAUAUAGAAUUAUGUGAUGAAGAUGGUGAGAUAAAAGGGAAUUUUUUUGGUAAGGCAGUUGAUAAAUGGUAUGAUUUUUUACAAGUAGGAAAAAUAUAUAAAAUAAGUAAAGGAAAUAUAAAAGCAGCAAAUAAGAAAUUUAAUACUUUAAAACAUGAUUGUGAAAUUACCUUAGAUGAAAAUUCUAUUAUAGAAUUAUUAGAAGAAAAUGAUUUUAAUAUUCCAAAAUUUAUUUAUAAUUUUACUUAUAUAGAUAAUAUUAAAAAUAUGAAUACAGGUUCUUUAGUAGAUGUAAUUGGAAUUGUAUUCAAUUUUCAAGAGACUAUGCAAAUUUUGAUUAAAAAAACAGGACAGUAUAAAGAAAAAAGGGAUUUAAUAUUAAUAGAUGAUAGUAAUGAUACUAUUAAUGUAACCUUAUGGGGUGACCAUGCUCUAAAAAUAGAAGAAAUGGAUUUAAAGGAUAACUGUAUUGUCUGUUUUAAGUAUUUAAAAGUUGGGGAAUGGAAAGGCAAAAAAUUAGAAUCUCAUAUCAAAACAAAAAUUGAAAUAAAUCCAGAAAUUGAUAGAGCUUAUAUUUUAAAAAAUUGGUGGAUCAAUAAUAAAAAAAAUAUGCAUGCUUUAGUUAAUUUAAAUAGUAAUAAUUUCAAUAUAGAAUUACAAAAAACUAUUGAAGAAAUUAAAAAAGAUGUCAACGUAGCAAAUGAAGAUGCUCUAUCAGGAAAAGGAAUUAUUUUUACAACUUUUGGAUUUAUAGAUCAUAUAUAUAAUACUAUACCUGUAUAUUCCGCUUGUCCUGAUUGUAAUAAGAAAAUGAUUACUAAUAAUAUAGCCGAUGAAGAGAUAGAAACAUCUCAACUUUUGGAUGAAUCAAUGUAUUGUGCCAAGUGUAAUAAAAAUAAUAUUCCUAUUUAUAAUUAUUCUAUUAAUUUAAAAAUUACUGAUAGCACUGAUUCGUUAAGAGCUUCUGCCUUUUCCAAUUGUGCAAAAACAAUUAUGAACGGCCUAUCCGCUGAUGAGUUUAUGAAACUAAGACAAGAAUAUGUUACACAAGAAAAUAUUGAAAAUUUUGAUUUAAUUGAAAAAGUCAAACUAAAAGAAUUCUUUUUUCGAAUUAAAGCCUAUAUGACAUCUCACAUGGAUGAGCUAAAAAAGAACUACACUAUAAUUGAAAUAAUUCCCCUCAGCAAAUUGCUGCUUGACAACUGCAGGUAUUUGGUUAAGUCCAUUAGGACCCUUACAGAGAAGAGGGAAUUAGAAAACGAGUGA